AUGCGUCUUUCUGGUGGUGCCGCAGUGGCCCUCGGCUUCCUCUGUGCCUCUGCCACUGCCUCGGCCUCCCUCCACCCUCACCGAUCCUACGAGACACGCGAUUAUUUCGCCUUGCAUCUAGACGACUCCGCCUCCCCAGCUGACAUCGCACAGCGACUGGGAGCUCGCCACGAAGGCCCCAUCGGAGAACUGCCGCAACACCAUACCUUCUCCAUCCCCAGAGAGAGCAGUGAUGAAGUCACCACGCUGUUGGAUCAGCUACGGCAUCGGAGGAGUUUGCGACGACGCUCCGGCGAGUCGGUUGCUGGCCUCCCAGCCUUGAGCAAGAGAGAGGAGGGGCUCGAUGGCAUUCUCUGGUCCGAAAAGCAGGCCCCGAAGAAGAGAUUCCAGAAACGAAUUCCCCAGCCAGUGAAUGUCCACCGGUCGCCCGCUGCCCCCAAAGAGGACCCGGUAGCCGCUCAGGCUCAAGAGCAGAUUAUAACUUCCCUGGGGAUUGCAGACCCCAUCUUCAACGGGCAAUGGCAUCUCUACAAUACUAUACAGGUUGGGAAUGAUCUGAAUGUAACCGGGCUUUGGCUGGAGGGUAUUACCGGAGAAGGCGUCACUACUGCAGUGGUCGAUGAUGGGUUAGAUAUGUACAGCAAUGAUCUCAAACCCAACUAUUUCGCCGAGGGCUCGUACGACUACAACGACAAGGGUCCUGAACCGAGGCCGCGUCUCAGCGACGAUCAUCACGGCACCCGAUGCGCGGGUGAGAUUGCUGCGGCAAGAAACGAUGUUUGCGGCGUGGGUGUCGCCUACGAUAGUCGCAUUUCAGGCAUCCGAAUUCUGUCCGAACCAAUCGACGACACUGACGAGGCAGCAGCCAUCAACUAUGCCUAUCAAGACAAUGAUAUCUACUCGUGCUCGUGGGGUCCGUUCGACGAUGGCGCCACGAUGGAGGCGCCCGGUGUCUUGAUCAAGCGCGCUAUGGUCAAUGGCAUUCAGAACGGUCGCGGGGGGCGAGGUUCGAUCUUUGUCUUCGCGGCCGGCAAUGGGGCAAAUUAUGACGACAACUGCAACUUUGAUGGGUAUACCAACAGCAUCUACAGCAUCACCGUCGGUGCAAUUGAUCGUGAGAACAAACACCCCAGCUACUCCGAAUCUUGCUCAGCUCAGCUGGUUGUCGCAUACAGUAGUGGCUCAAACGACGCAAUUCAUACUACCGACGUGGGUACUGACAAGUGCUACUCGUCGCAUGGAGGUACUUCUGCCGCCGGUCCGCUGGCUGCAGGUACAUUGGCUCUCGCGCUCAGCGUGAGACCCGAGCUUACUUGGCGCGAUGCCCAAUACCUGAUGGUGGAGUCAGCAGUGCCUGUCCACGAGAAUGAUGGGAGCUGGCAGGAUACCAAGAACGGCAGGAAGUUCAGUCACGAUUGGGGAUUCGGCAGGGUCGACGCCUACACGCUGGUGCAAAAAGCGAAGACUUGGGACCUGGUGAAACCUCAAGCAUGGUUCCACUCCCCAUGGCUGCGAGUACACCAUGAGGUCCCACAGGGCGACCAAGGACUGGCCAGCUCGUACGAGGUUACUCGAGCAAUGAUGGAUGAAGCCAACCUCGAGCGCCUGGAGCAUGUGACUGUAACGAUGAAUGUGAACCAUACACGCCGUGGAGACUUGAGCGUCGAAUUGCGCAGCCCGGAAGGGCUGGUCAGCCACCUCAGUACGGCCAGAGAACCUGAUAAUGAGCGGGAGGGCUAUGUGGACUGGACUUUUAUGAGUGUUGCGCACUGGGGCGAGUCUGGUGUCGGCAAAUGGACCGUGAUCGUCAAGGAUACUCUUGUCAAUGAGCACAGCGGUCAAUUCAUUGACUGGCGGCUUAAUCUCUGGGGAGAGGCUAUCGAUGGCACCAACCAGCCCUUGCACCCCAUGCCUACCGAACACGAUGACGACCACGAAUACGAGGACACCAGUGUGGCCACGACCAGCAUUGAUCCUGGCCCCGCCAAGACGCAGCCUCCCACGAAGCCUACCGAUGUCGUUGAUCGUCCGGUGAACGUCAAGCCCACUACAACGGCGGUACCGACUGGAACCGAGGACAAGUUGGUCUCCCCUACCGAGACUGGCGUUGCUGCUUCGCCCUCAGCCGCUUCCGACAGCUUCCUGCCAUCCUUCUUCCCAACAUUUGGCGCAUCGAAGCGAACCCAAGCCUGGAUCUAUGCCGCGAUCGGGUCGAUUAUCGUCUUCUGCAUCGGAUUAGGCGUCUACUUCCAUGUCCAGCGCCGCAAACGCCUCCGCAACGACAGCCGGGACGACUAUGACUUUGAGAUGGUUGAGGACGAGGAUGAGCUGCAAGCGAUGAAUGGACGGUCGGCGCGCACUCGCCGCCGCGGUGGUGAGUUAUACAACGCCUUUGCUGGGGAGAGCGACGAAGAGCCCCUCUUCAGCGACGACGAUGAAGAACCGUACAGGGACCGGGGCAUCAGCGAGGAACAUGACCGUGAUGGUGCAACUGGAGGACACCAUUUGAGAACAGCAGACAAAUAG